UUGAUCCGCUUCGGGGAUCAAUUACGAUGCAUAUGCCGGCACGCACUUCAUUAAUUAGAAACUUGUAGCGCGCGGCAAUCAACAAACACAGCAAUAGGUUUCUGAAAACACAGACUAUCGUGAAGCGUUGUUGUUACUGCCAAACAUGCAAUGCGGCCGCGAAGUGUGCCUUAUCGUCAUAAAACUUUAUUGUCCAGAUUGGAGAGAGCCAGAUGGUGAUUUUAGUGGAAAACUCUCACUUUUAUCCAUCGCAUGCUGAUUAUCCUUACCGGGACGAAGUAUUUUAAAGGCUGACGUGUUAGUAAUCUGGAAAAUAUCAACGAGUGUUACAUGUUCCAUCGGAGUAACGGAAACUUCCAAACUGCCAUUGAAUGAAACAUGUGCUCAUUUUCCCGAAUAUUCGCAUCAUUUUCUUCCUUAUGUGAAACAGUUAUUUCUUCGAAUAUCCAGACCGGCUGAAUACAUUUUCGGAUAGAAAUAAUUCCGGUUAUUCGUUGUGAUGUGCAAGAAAUUUAACAGCGGAAGAGUACAACAUGGUAUUGCUCCGCCAUGAUGACGUCAGUUUUCCUGCUUUAUUCCGGGUGUUCUCUUUUGCUGGCGCUGAGCGCAGCGACAGAUGACACACUCUUAAGGGAAGUAUUUCGGGAUGACUUUGAUGGUACCGCCGUGGAUCUCGGUAAAUGGUUCGUCGCGGAUAUGCCCACGGCGUUAGGCUCCGAACUGCAGUAUUAUGAUCCGCAGAAUGUCGCUGUGCAGAAUGGCACGCUGACCAUUACAGUGAAAUACGUCGGCGACCAAAACCACAAGGACACACAGGAUGGAUUUUUUGCAAAGCAAAAUUACACUUCCGGCAUGGCGUACACCAUGAAUAAAUUCCACUUUUUGUACGGUGAAGUGGAAUGGCGCGUCAAAGUUGCCGGCGGCAAGGGUAUCAUAUCCAGCGCCUUUUUAUUCAGUCCCAUGUGUACACCGGUAACUACGAACUGUAAAGGCCACUGGCCACCUUCCGCCACGGUCAUCGGUGUCGACGGAAACGACACAUUCGCCGGUGAAGUCAAGGCCGUCUACUUGAAUGAUAACAAAUCAGUGGUGGCAACUCAGAAACAUUACACAAGUUCGAGCGACCUGGCUCAGGAGUUCCAUGUUUAUAAAAUGGUCUGGUCGGAAACCUAUCUCGGGUUCUUUUUCGACGGCCGGGAAAUCCUCAACACCACCGAGCCCAACGAGAUCCCCUCGAUCAGCAUGCAGCUGGUGAUGAAACUGGCCGUAGGCGGACCCUUCCUGUCCGCUUCCCACCCCGACGCCAGCACCGUUUUCCCGGCUCACUUCUCCAUUGAUUAUGUCGUCGUGCGACAAUACCCUAACCAAACAUCCUCACUGACCCAGACGCAACAGCAGGGUGGCGAUACAUCGAUCUUGGCGCCGGUUCUCGGUUCGGUCAUCACGGUGGUGGUAUUGCUCGCAUGUGGUGCCGGGAUCUGCGUGACGGCGUGGGUGCGUAAACGACGCCGGUUAUAUGUGGGCAGUAUGCGUAAAGGCAGCAGUUCCACGGAUCGCAGUACACUGGCCGGGUCGGAGGUUAACCUGGCGUAUAUACGCACGUGCAGUGGAGAAGUUGCCACGGCGCUGAUUAAUUAUGUGCGACUGCUGGAGGUUCCCUUAGCUAACAUCCAAAUGAGCAAUGUUAUUUUGGGUAAAGGCGAAUUCGGUGUUGUGCGGAAGGGCUUAGCACGCUUGAAUUGUUCGUAUGUAUUUAAUCCUGUUGAAGUGGCCAUCAAAAUGGUGCGAGAUAAAAAUAAUCCUGAUCAUACACGCCAACUAGUGGAGGAAAUUAAAAUGAUGUCCAAAGCAGCCCGCCAUCUAAAUAUAUGCAAUCUACUGGGAAUUGUAUUGAAAGGAGAUAUUCUAUUGUUGCUGGAGUUUUCCAGAUAUGGUUCGCUAUUGCAGUAUUUGAAGGACCAUCGCGACAGGUUCUAUAAUCAUACCAGUCCCGACGGUGACCUUCUCUUUUAUGAUGAGAAAUACGCCGACAGUUUAGAACGUGCAGUAGAUGCCGAAGCCGUCAACGGUAGCGGCGACAGUAAAAUAUACGAUGGGCGGAUCCUUGCAACACGGGAUUUAAUCAACUUCGCAUUCCAAAUCAGUCGCGGGAUGGAAUACCUGGGAACACGUUCGAUUAUCCACAGGGAUCUGGCUGCUCGUAACGUCCUGGUUUGCGAUGGACGAGUGAUUAAGAUCUCCGAUUUCGGGAUGUCCAAGCAGAUGGCUGAAUACAUCCUACUCGAUCAUCAAGCUGUUUUACCGGUUCGCUGGAUGGCACCCGAAUCCAUAACCGACAAGAUUUUUUCGGCAAGAUCGGAUGUCUGGUCUUUUGGUGUGGUAGUCUGGGAGCUGUUCACGCUAGGAGAACUUCCUUACGGUAAUACCCGCAUGGACAUUGCCGAAGUGGUGGAGCAUCUCACGGCGCUGCGCCAUGGCAGUCGUCUAGAACGACCCGCUAUUUGCCCAACACCAGUAUACGCGUUAAUGCAAGAGUGCUGGCACCUUGAUCCCGGACAGCGGCCGGAUUUCGCACAGUUAACGCAUGAGCUGGGCGAUUUCAUUGGGGACGAUUCCGUGUCACCGUAUUUGUGUCUGGAUAUGUGUUACAACCAGUUUAACUAUGAGCACCGAGAUUUACUGGAUGGAAUGGCCAAAGAACCCGAAAAUACUAGCACUACCAGUUAAUGUUGUUUUUUUUCUCGUAUAUUCCUAUGUGUUUAUUUAUUAAAAAGCCUGCUAAACCGUUGUUAUUGCUGCAAACAGGCAACCGCAGUAGAAAGGCCGAUAUAAAAAUUGUUAUGCGG